AUGAUUCAAAAUGUAAAUCAUUAUCAACAACCCAUUGAUGCAUCCUUUGCAACAUAUUCAUCCAUGAUUGAAAUUGGAAAAUAUGCUGUAUGGAGUGUAUCUACUGCCAAACAAGGAAAUGGUGUUGAACAAUUAAGAGAUGAUAAUUGUGAAACAUUUUGGCAAUCGGAUGGUCCUCAACCACAUUAUAUUAAUAUUCAAUUUCACAAAGUAUUAAGUGUACAAGAUGUAUUGAUCUAUUUGGAUUACAAAAAAGAUGAAUCUUAUACUCCUCAAACAAUUAGUAUUCGAUGUGGUACUAGUUUUCAUGAUUUGACACAUGUCAAGACAGUAGAAUUAGAAGAACCAGUUGGAUAUAUUUGUAUUAAUAUGAAUGAUGAAAAAGAUCAAGUCUCAAAUUGUAUUCGAUGUAACAUGUUACAAAUUGUCAUUUCACAAAAUCAUCUCAAUGGUAGAGAUACUCAUGUAAGACAAGUGAAAGUAUAUGGUCCAAUCGAACUCAAAGCAAGUAGUGGUGCGGGUGUUGUUGCGGGUGUUGUUGCGGGUGUUGGUGGUAGUGGUACGGGUGUGGGUGGUAUUGGUGGUAUUGGUGUUGGUCGAACUAGUGCCAUGACCAACCAUAACAAUUCAUCACUCGUUUCCAACAAUGAUAUUUUGAAUGGUGGUACUGUUGCUUCUAGCAUGAUAGAUUCAUCGAAUACCAUUCAAUUCUCCAUGUUCAGUACAUUAAGAUAG